AUGGAUAUCAAGAAGAAGAAAGGAUUUCCGGUUCCGCUGGCCCCGCCCCCUCUUCCCAAACACGUGGAUCUCUUCCGGGUUCUUCAUCCUUUGUUCCCUGUUCGUCAGCAGCCCAGAAGCGGGAGUGUUGAUAAAGCUGUAAGAGAGCUGCAGCAGCAGCAGUUGAUGAACUCUGGAAAGAAGUCCAGCAGCUUGAGGAACAUCUGGUCAAAGAAACUGGAGGGAAGCAGGAGCUCAAACAGCGGCAGGACGCAGCAGAGGAAGAGACACCAGAUGAUGGAUGAUGUUUUCCAGCCCAGAUUAGUGCUGCCAGCAGAUGUUAAAGAAGAGGCUCCUGAAGAACAGAGUCCUGAUGUGGAUCAGCAGGAGCCAGAGCCCCUCCAGAUAAAGGAGGAACAGGAGGAACUCUGGACCAGUCAGGAAGGAGAGCAGCUCACUGUGAAGGAGGAGACUGAUACCAGGUUUCCAUUAACUGCAGCUCCUAUCAAGAAUCUUAAAGAAGAGGCUCCUGAAGAACAGAGUCCUGAUAUGGACCAGCAGGAGCUGGAGCUCCUCCACAUAAAGGAGGAAAGUGAAAGAAUCUGGGCCAGCCAGGAUGAAGAACAACUGAAUGUGAAGGAGACUGAUGAUACCAGGUUUCCAUUAACUGUUGUUCAUAUGAAGAGUGAAGAGGAUGAAGAGAAACCUCUGUUCUCUCAGCUUCAUCAACACCAAACAGAAGACAGAGAUCUUCCAAGAAGCAUCUCAACUGACCAGAUAAAAGUAGAAAUUAAAGAAGAGGACUUUGGAACAUCAGAAUCCAGCAGGAACCCAGAUCUAAAUACUCAGGGAGGCUCUUCCAACUAUUCUGAAACUGAAGACAGUGAGGAUGAUGAAGAGGAUGAUUAUGUGAAGCAUCAUGAAUCUGAGCUUAAACACUUAUCAGACUCUGAAACUGAAGACAGUGAGGAUGAUUGGAAGGAGAGCAGGACUCCAGGGUCAGGCAGAAACACUGUCAACAAAUCUUUGAGCUGCUCUGAGUGUGGGGGAAAAUUUGCUAAUAGACGCUCUCUUCAGAGUCACAUGACAUGUCGUCCAAGAUUAACGUCUUCAGAUUGUUCUGGUAGUGAGACGUGUUUCGGUGAGAAGAAAAUGAUGGAUUCACUGACAAACGUCCAGACGAGUAGUAAAAAUUUUAACUGCGUGACUAUGGCGGACCUCUGGGAACAGCCUGACGUUGAGUUAAGCGCUGCCGCACAGCCGCAUCUAGGCCUGGUGGCUGAAAGUCCCGGUGUGUGACAUUCGCACCUGGCCAGUGGGUUAUUGUCUUGCUCGAUGCCGGGCGGCUCCGGGAGAUCCGACAAA